GCGCCGGCAACGAGGGACGGCCGCGGAAAAUGGCGGUCGGCGUUCGGGCCGCAACGAUUUGGUAGUCGUUUCGACGGUGUCGUAUGAGAUAGACGCUGGCCGUUUUUCGCGGAAUUUAUUGGCGAUUUGCAGGCACACUGUAUAGGAUUAACGCACCAGGAGGCGACGCUGCACGUCGGAGGCAACAUCGAUCGGAAAUGUCUUCGGCAGUGGCGGAGGCAGUAACGACGGCCAACAACACGAAACCGCAACAACAGCAGCAGCAGCAGCAGAAGAAACGCGGCGGCGGUGGUGGCGGCGGAGGAGGAGGUGCCAACAGUCAUACGCAAAAUGCACAGAAAAAGUCAGUCAAGGGUGGCGGGCGGAAGCGUUCGAAGAGCUUCUCGGGUUGCGGCGGCGGCAAGAUCCAGAAUUGCAAGCCGGUGCUGCCAUCUAAAUUCUUGCUGGGUGGUAACAUCAACGACCCGCUGAAUCUGAACAGUCUGCAGGACGAGGAGAUAAACCGUGCCAUGAACGCGGUGACACCCAAAUCGUCGCCGAUCCCGACGCCACCGCGACGCAAAGGGCAACCGGUGGAGGUGAUCAUACCACCGAACAUUAACGAUCCCCUCAAUUUGAUAGAUUGCGCGGAUGAUGCCGAGUACGAACAGCAGCUCUGUUCGCCGGUGAAGAAGGGCAGAAAGAAAAAAGGACGAAAGAGAAGGACCACUUCGGGUACGCUCUAUUCUGAUGCUGAGAUGAUCAUCGAGGCGAAAACACCCGAGUCUAACAGGGAUUCAGCGAAGAUACCCGAAUGCAACGUGCCCGUCGUUGUCGUCGCGACGGCAAAGGCAGCAGCAGCGACGACGAAAGCUGGUGCUGCUGCCGCCGCCGCCGCCGUCGUCGUAGCGGCAGCGAGCGUCGCCUCGUCCGCAGUUUGUGACGCCUCCUCGAAGGCCGACGAACCGGAAGCGGCGGCGACGGUCACGACGACGGCGACCGGUAGCAAAGCAGCACCCAAGGAACUGACGCUCGAGUUGUCUCCAAAGAAGGAUAAGAACAAGCGAAAGAGCGAGGAGCACAAGGACGCCGUGAAGAAAUUAAAGUAUUCGAUGGACAAGAUCGUGAGCCCGGUUGUACCGCAGCCGGGCGCGUGGAAUCUCAAACGCACCGGCGGCGGCGGCGGCAAUCGCAACAAUCCGUGGCAAUUUAGGACGCAGCGCAAUCUGAAUCGCGAAAAGAACAAGAAUCAGGCGUUGCCGCAGUUCAAGGGUCGCGAUCAGCGUUACCAGUACGGAAAUUACAAUAGGUAUUACGGAUAUAGGAAUGGACAUCAGGAGUUGGACGCGCGACUGAAAUGUUUCGCGCUGAAUAGGGAUAUAUUCGAGGACAAGGACAUCCUGGAUAUCGGAUGCAACAUCGGUCACAUAACGUUGUCGGUGGCGCGCGAUCUCUCUGCCCGCAGCGUCGUCGGCAUCGAUAUCGAUGAGCGGUUGAUCGCGAUAGCUAGGAAAAACGUAAAGCACUACGUGAGUAGUAAUGGCGGAGGCGGAAGCGGAAGCGGCGCGGGCGUCAGUGGUGGUGGUAGCGCCUCAGGUGUUUAUGGUGGUGGUGGUGGCGGCGGCGUCGGCGUCGGUUGUAGUAGUGGUAGCAAUGGGGGUGGCGUUGCGACCCAAAUGGAACUCGAACCCGAACCCGCCACCGCCAUCCGUUCACCGACGACAACCAAGACAAGUAGUAGUGAGUUUUUCCCCAUAUCCAUGGCAAUACUAUAUGGGCCUAUUGACAUUCCAGGAUUCGGCGAAAAGCGCCACGGGAAAUCCUUCCCCCACAACGUCACCUUCGUGCAAGGUAAUUACGUGCUGGAGGAUGACUCGUUGCUGAGCGUGGAGCAGCCGCAGUUCGACACCAUCCUCUGCCUGAGCAUCACCAAGUGGAUCCAUUUGAAUUGGGGCGACGCUGGCAUCAAGCAGGCUUUCCGACGAAUGUACGCGCAGCUUCGUCCUGGCGGCAAACUCAUCCUCGAACCGCAGAACUGGGCCAGCUACAAGAACAAAAAGAAACUUACGGAGACCAUCUACAAGAAUUACAACAGCAUCGAAUUCUUUCCCGGCAGUUUCACGCAGUACCUGCUCUCCCCUGAGGUGGGUUUCGCGAAGAGCGAGAUCCUCGCGUUCCCCGACAACUCUUCCAAAGGUUUCCAGAGGCCCAUCCAAAUAUACACGAAGAGCACGAUGUUCCCGAGCGAGAGGAUCGAGUGCCCUUCGAGCUGUCACGAGGGCGGCGACAGCGGUGGCAACAAACAUCAGGUGUACGUCUCGGUGCCGACGCCCAUCCACGAGGAUCACCAGCAGCAUAGCAGCAACUCGCAUACGAGCAGCUCCUCACCGAUGGACCAAGCGGAAUCUAGUUGCGAGCGGUCGCAAGACGCGGAGACGGGCGAUUGCAGCAACGCUUCAGAAACGGAAGCAUCAUCGUUAACAGUAACGACGACGACGACAACAACAGAGACCUUAACGAACGGCGAUGAUGGUUCGCCUCCCCCCGAAAAGACUUAGAUCCAAUUAUCGGAUAAAAGAACAUUAUUUCCUUUCCAACAUCUCUCCACCACCCGCCCCUGUAAAUAUUUAUUGUAUUUGUAUAUAGGUGUUUUAUAUAUAUAUAAAUAGCUCUCUCUAUCUCUCUCCCCCCUCUCGUUGAUACAAUUCCUUAGUGUCGUCACAUCAUUCGUUCACCUCAUCUUUUCUCUCUCUACCUACUAUUACUACUAUUAUUAUUUCCCCAUUUAUAGCUACAAAAACCAAAUUGAACCACUCCUCUUCACCCUCCACCCCACAACUCAAUUCUCUUUUCAUUUUUUUUUUCUUUCACAAUGUACGUGUAUAUAAGAAAUCUCUAUGUAAAAAAAAAAGAAGAUAAAUAAUAA